AUGGUACCAUGUACUUGUGUGCCCUUGUGUUAUUUGUUCAACCUGCCUACCCAUUGCUGGCAUCUCUGGGGCAAGCCUGGGUCACAGGUUUGUGAUACAUCUCAGUGCAUGCAUGUGUGCACACCCUCUUCUGUCGCCAUGGCAACUAGCAAGGUGAGAAAGCAGCAUCCAAAAGGUUCCUGUCCACAUGAGGAUCAAGCCAGGCUGCUGGUGUUAUGCUCGGCACAUCAUAUUUGCUCCCUUUGGAGAAUUCCUAGUCAGAUCUUCACAGCCCUACUCCCUCCACCAGAUUUCCUCCUGCACUCCUUUGCCAUCACUCAUGCCUUCCCUAUGCGCCCCCUGAGGAAGCAGAGGCUCAUAAAUGGAGAGAACAAGACCCUGAAUCAGCUCCAGGCUCAGUUCUUGACUUCUCCACUUAAUGGCAGGACUCUUCACCUCCCUGAGCCUCAAUUCUCUCACCAGUAA